AAGUGGCAACAUCGGUACAGUGCUACAGUGUGUGAGCCAUCGCCCUGUUAACGGUGUCAUGGCGGUUUGAGUUGUUGAAAUAUUUUUUUUUUGCAAUAACUUCCAAGUUUAUGUGCUUUAUAACGAACUGAAUAUUGAUUACGGUCAAUAAAAUCACGCGACACAAAAUAGAAAAUAAUGCGCGAAUACAAAAUAGUAGUGUUAGGUAGCGGAGGCGUGGGAAAGUCCGCCCUCACAGUACAGUUCGUACAAGGCAUCUUCGUGGAGAAAUACGAUCCCACAAUCGAGGACAGCUAUCGGAAACAAGUGGAGGUCGAUGGGCAACAGUGCAUGCUCGAAAUCCUUGACACGGCGGGAACGGAACAGUUCACGGCGAUGCGUGAUUUGUAUAUGAAGAAUGGGCAGGGAUUCGUGUUAGUAUAUUCUAUCACGGCACAAUCGACGUUCAACGAUCUGCAGGACCUGCGGGAACAGAUCCUACGAGUGAAGGACAAGGACGACGUGCCAAUGGUGCUGGUGGGCAACAAGUGCGACCUGGAGGCCGAACGUGUCGUGGGAAAGGAGCAGGGACACAACCUCUCGCGCCAGUUCCAAUCGUGCGCCUUCAUGGAGACCUCCGCGAAAGCCAAGAUCAACGUGAACGACGUGUUCUAUGACCUAGUACGACAAAUCAACAAGAAAUCUCCUGGCCCGCCGGGGAAGACCACUAAGAAAUCUGUUAAGUGUACUCUCUUGUAAGGCUUUGAGUACCUGGAGCCUCCAACGCAACUAGGUAUAAAACAUUUAAUAAUUUGAAAGACUUCUCGAACCUAAAUUUGGCUCUUGUGGUUCCGAAAGUUAACUAAGCUGGGUGGGUCGAGUGUUGUUACUUGGUUGCCUAUAGCAUUUUAAAUGUGCAUUUGUUGAGCUAUAACAUGACCAGUGCUAUAGCUGAGUGGAAAAUGCACAGAAUAUAGCAAAAUUAAUACAAACUCCUAUCCUGUAAAUGUGUAGUUACACUUUUUGAUCUAUGUAAAUUAGGACAAGUAUUCAAAUAGAUUCUGUAUGUUUCACUCUAGAAAAUUCCAAUCGUAAUGUGUGGAUGCUGAUAGGUUCAGAAGUUAACAAGUCUAGUGCUGUUAUUCCAUUAACCAGUGCGCUAAUCAUGCUGCUGGGGAGUUCAUGCUGAUCACAAUCCAUAACAAUUAUUAUUAUUAUUAUCCUGCCAGAAUAGAUACAAGGAUUUCUAUCAAGGAGUAAGAAGUUUAAAGCAUCUGCUUCCUUUUUAAUAGGUUUAUCCAUUGAUUCUUUCUUUUGAGGUCUUUGUUCUCUCCUGAUUGUACCCCUAUUAACCCUUUUCCAGGCAUACGAUUAUGGACCACAUAUGUGUCAAUUUAAUUUCAACCUUAACAAUCCGUUGUAGGUUUCAAAUUAAAUUGGUCUUUCGAGUAAUGUGACUUGUUUCAAAUGAAUCACCAAAAUGUAACUAUUUGGAUUAUAUUUUGAUCUGUUAGGAAAACCUUCUAGAUUGGUACAACCCGGAAAAAGGUUAAUCUUACCAUGUAUACAUGGUACAUGGUUUUUUUUACAAUCAUUUAACAUUAGAAUUUAACAUGCACUCCUCAGCAGGUUGAAUUUAUAAUCUCAAUUUGGUCAAUAUUCUUUCAUAGAAUAGAAUGAAUUUUGUCAAAUUAAGUGUGCUUUAAAUUUGCAAAUCAUGCUAUGUGCAGACAGUCUAGUCUCGUCAAUGACAAUAAACAGGAAAAGCUACAAUGGCCUGUAUUUGCCAUAAGAUAAACACUCAUGGGCAUUCACAUUGUAAUAUAGUACAGGCACAUGUUUUAUUAUUUAAUUACGAGUUUGGUAGACUUGUGGGCAUAAGUGUAAAUGGAUUAACAUCUUAAUAGCAAUAAUAAGUGCCACAUAUUAGUGAAAAUUGGUCAUAAGUAUGCCUCACUGUCUGGACCUAGCAUAUAGUAUAACAUAAUUUCUAGAAUAUUGUUCUAAUAGUACUGAGUAAAAUAACAAAUGGAGCCUGACUUCUGAACGGCUAGGUGAUGUGAGCCAGGCUAUGAGGGGCUGGGACAGCCCACAGGCCUGAACCAGUGUGUAAUGUUUAAAUAAUUAAGGAUACAUUAAAUUUUUCAGAUAUAUUAUUGUCUUGUUAUAUAAUUCAAAUGUAUCGAAGGAAAAGUUGAAGUGACACUAUGCAGAGUUGGUGACUGGAACAAAUAUUAGUGAGCCUUAGUGAGCACGCGGCCCUGCCGCACUGCUAGAUCUAUAACCCCUUGCUCUAAGAAAUUGAACUCUAAAAUUAUUCGUUAUGGAAGAUGGGAUAAAGUUUUAUGAUUACCAGCUCAUUUAAAUGUAAUUACCGACCUAUGUUUUGCUUCUAUGGAACUUUGUUAAACAUACUAAUUAUAGGUGUUCAAAUAUUGUUACGGAAUUAGAUGUUUCCUCCAUUCUCAUUUCUUUACAUUUAAGGUUACUGCACAAGGAUAUUGGUAAUGACUUCGAUCUGAGUUGAAUUAUAUUUUUUAUAUAUAUUGUGCAAAUUAAGAACUUGUAUAUUUUUAUCUUUUCAAUCAAUAAUCGACUUGUACAAUAACUAUUAAUUUCUUUUUUUGCAAAUUUAUCAAUAAAACCGAUUUUAAAUUUA